CGCCUCUCUUUGCGGGCGCUUGUGGGGCGGCAUCCAUGGCUUUGGCUGGGCUCCCCCUGUUGCUGCUGGUGGGGGCGCUGGGCCGGAUCCCUGGAAGCGAAGGGGGGAAGGAGACCCCUGCCCAUUUCCUGUACCAGGCGAAGGCCGAGUGCCUCUUCCUCAACGGGACACAGCGGAUGCGGUUCCUCAAUUGGUACUUCUAUGACCGCCAGGAGAUUGUCCGCUUCGACAGCGACCUUGGGAAGUUCGUGGCCGUCACAGCGUUGGGGGAGCCGAUUGCGGACUAUUGGAACGGAGAUAAGCAGUGGAUGCAGUACCAGAAGGCCCGAGUGGAUUCCGUCUGCGGAUACAACUACGAGCUGUUGAACUUCGAGGCGGCCAAGAGGGAGGAAGAAAUCAUAAUUUUGAGGGGGAGGGGAAACACGAAAAGAGAAGUUAGAAGUUCUGCUUGGAUCUGCCUGGAUCUGGGGCCCCUGUUGAAUAUUUAU